AUGCGAGGGAAGCCAUUAUGUCAGAAAAUGGCUGAUCUUCCUAAAGUCCGCCUUACAAGGUCAGCACCCUUCACCUUUGUUGGUGUGGAUGUUUUUGGCCCGUGGAGUGUCAUCACGAGACGAACAAGAGGGGGCAGCGCAGACUCAAAACGUUGGGCGGUGUUGUUUACCUGUUUGUAUAGCAGAGCAGUCCACAUCGAGGUCAUUGAGGAGAUGACCUCGUCUUCUUUCAUCAACGCCUUAAGAAGGUUUGUUGCAGUUCGUGGUGCGGUCUCUGAAUUCAGGUCAGAUAGAGGGACAAACUUCGUGGGGGCUGCUGCUGAGCUGCAGAUGAAUGUAGUGAACGUGGAAGACCACAAUCUGAAGACAUUUCUUGCGGACAAGAGGAUUGUAUGGAGGUUUAAUCCUCCCCACGCAUCCCAUUUUGGAGGCACAUGGGAAAGGAUGAUAGGCAUUGCCCGUCGCAUCCUUGAGGCAAUGCUUAUGGAUACCAAACAUGGGAAGCUGACUCAUGAGGUUUUGACGACCUUUAUGGCAGAGGUCAUGGCUAUAAUGAAUUCAAGGCCACUGGUGCCUGUAUCUACAGAUGUUGAAGCACCAUUCGUUCUAUCGCCGCAGAUUCUACUGACACAGAAAACUCAUGAAGUACCAAGUGAAUUCCAGGAUCUCGAUGUCAAGGACAUGUACCGAAGUCAAUGGAAAAUGGUCCAGGUCAUGGCUAACACUUUUUGGAAGCGAUGGAAAGCCGAGUUCCUCUCCACUAUACAACCUCGUCAGAAAUGGCAAGAUUCAACAGACAAUCUUAAAGAUGGGGAUGUUGUUCUACUUCAUGACAAAGAAAGUGCGCGCGGUGACUGGCCAGUUGGUAUCAUAAACCGUGUAUUUCCAAGUGAGUCGGACGGUCUGGUACGCAAAAUCGAAGUACGUAUCAUCAAGGAAGGAAAGCCAUACCUCUUCAUCAGGCCCGCUACGGAAGUGAUUCCUUUGAUUACAGUGUAA